AUGUUGAUCAUUUUCUGCAUUCUGUUUUUCAUUCCUCACUCAUUUGCUUUCUCACUUCCCGAUCCAUACACCACAUUUUCCAAACUCAACCUUCCUCCGGGAGUAAAUGGUGGUUCAGUUUCCCUGGAUCCAUUAAAUCAAGGUCCCUACGUAGCUACUAGUGAUGGCAGAAUUCUCAAAUACAAUGGUAGUGAUUUCAUGGAUUUUGCUUACCUUUCUCCAAACAGGGAUAAUCUUCUAGGAAUUCCUGCUCCUCUAGGAGAUUCAACUGGAAGAAUAUUAGAAUAUAACACCGUAACCGGAGAAGUGAGAGCAUUGCUAAAGGAUCUUCCCCGUCCAGCAGGACCCGCGGUUAGCGCCGACGGCACAUUUAUUGCGUAUGGUUCUUACAACACUCAACAAAUUUUCAAAUAUUACCUCCAAGGGCUAAAAGCCGGAACGACAGAAGUUUUAGUACCUGAAUUACCAGGUGCCCCAGGCAUAACAAAAAGAGCCGUGGAAUUUGGAUAUUUUUGGGUGGGAGUAAACCAAAUGGUUCAGCAGCAACCUACUCCUGUGGUUCAGGCAUAUGGUUAUAAGUUUAGUUCAAAUGGUAACGUAGUUCUGAUCAAGAAUUUCACUACGGAAUAUGGCAAUGCUCGAGUGAAUGUUGUGCAAGAAUACUUUAAUCUUCUUCAAGGUGGAACCUUGUAUGCUGGCUCGCGCACUUCAAAUUAUGUUGGUAAGUAUACCAAAUGGUGA